AUGGAAGUAUACACCCCUGACAACAUCAGCGACCUUCAUUUGACUCCCUUCUCUCGCUCUUCCCCCUCCUCCUUCCACUAUUUACCCACCUACCUGCUUGUCCUUGGUGUUAUAACCUUCCUUUGCCAUGGCCUCAAUUGGUGUGUCAAGGACUACCAGGCUUUCAAGGCUCUGGGCCGAGGCGGUACCCCCUACAAUGUUUACGGUUGGUUGUCUGUCACUUUUCUGCUCAAGCCGUUCACCCUAGCCGAGCGUGAUACUGUGUGGACAGGAGACUAUCCGGAUGGUGCUCACAAGGAUAUCCAAGGCUUACCUGAUCGCCAAGGACAGAGACCUGACAUCCGUGGCAUUGCUCCCCAGAGACAAUUCAGCCAAUGUCCAACCCAAGAAAUGAACAAGCGUGUCCUCUCUUUGUUCACUUCGGUGGUUCACAAAAAUCCUAAUAUCCUUCAACAAAAGGUGUCCAGUUUUGAGAAACAUCACCUUGCAUUGUUUGUCCAUCCUUCCAUUCUUGCCAAUUCAAGCAAAGUCUCGGAAGUGGUGAUUGCGUCUAGAGGGGAGUUGGGUCACAUUCAUGGCGACACUUCACUCCAUCUCUACCUGUCGCCACAGGAUGCCAAAGUGGUGAUUGAGAAAAGAUGGGCUCAGCGCCACCGACUAGCAAGGACUCAACCAUGGUGGCUUGGCGGCAAGAAGUUCAUCUGUGGCAUCGGGGACACGUUUCUGUUGAUCUACGCUCCACGAGACGAAACUGAGCUCGACAUCUUGCGCACGUUGAUUAGAGCGAGUGCAAGAUUUAUGACAGGCGUGGAGGAUAUUGUAUCGCCAUGA